AUGGCGCAGUUUGUGUUUGAGAGCGACUUGCAUGGUCUGCUGAAGCUGGACACCCCGAUCCCCAACGCUCCGCUGGCGCGAUGGCAACGCAAGGCCAAGGAGAGCAGUGCCUCUGUUGCUGGCCCCGGGCCCAGCCCUGCCAACACCAGCAGCACUGGCCUCUCCCCCAUGAAACCAGCCAACCGGUCCCACAGCACCAGCAAAACCCCCUCCAAGACCCCCGGUAAAUCAGGAUCCAAAAUCCAGAGCACACCGACCAAGGCAGGCGGGGAUCGCUAUAUUCCCAACCGCAGUGCCAUGCAGAUGGAGGUCGCUAGCUUCCUCUUGACCAAAGAGAAUGAUUCUUCUGAGGAUACACCUACCAAGAAGGAGCAACAGAAGGCUUGGGCGCUGAAUCUGAAUGGGUUUGAUGUGGAAGAAGCAAAGAUCCUCCGGCUUAGUGGGAAGCCUCAAAAUGCCCCAGAAGGUUACCAGAAUAACCUGAAAGUGCUCUACAGCCAGAAAACACCUGGGUCCAGCAGGAAGAAUGGCAGAUAUAUUCCCUCCAUGCCAGACCGGAUCCUGGAUGCGCCAGAGAUCCGUAACGAUUACUAUCUGAACCUCAUUGACUGGAGUUCCCAGAACUUCCUGGCUGUGGCUCUGGAUAACUCUGUGUAUCUGUGGAAUUACUCCUCUGGCGAGAUCAUCCAGCUGCUGCAGAUGGAGCAGCCAGAUGACUACAUCUCAUCAGUGUCCUGGAUCAAAGAAGGAAACUACCUUGCUGUUGGCACCAGCAAUGCUGAGGUCCAGCUGUGGGACAUACAGCAACAGAAACGGCUCCGAAAUAUGACCAGCCAUUCUUCCCGUGUAGGGUCACUGAGCUGGAACAGCUACAUUCUCUCCAGUGGGGCGAGGACCGGUCAUAUCCAUCACCAUGAUGUCCGGGUUGCUGAGCACCACGUGGCCACGCUUGCUGGCCACACGCAGGAGGUGUGUGGGCUCAAGUGGUCGCCCGAUGGUCGCUACCUGGCCAGUGGAGGCAAUGACAACCUGGUGAAUGUCUGGCCAUGUGCCCAAGGAGACAGUGGUGACUUUGCUCCUGUGCAGACCUUCACUCAGCAUCAGGGUGCUGUCAAGGCUGUGGCCUGGUGCCCAUGGCAGUCAAAUGUCCUGGCCACAGGCGGUGGGACAAGUGACAGACACAUCAGGAUCUGGAAUGUGUGUUCAGGCACCUGCCUCAACGCGGUAGAUGCCCACUCCCAGGUGUGCUCCAUCCUGUGGUCGACAAACUACAAGGAGUUCAUUUCUGGUCAUGGCUUUGCACAUAAUCAGCUGGUGGUGUGGAAAUACCCUACCAUGGCCAAGGUCACAGAGUUGAAAGGUCACACAGCCAGAGUCCUGAACCUGACCAUGAGCCCAGAUGGCUCAAUAGUGGCAUCUGCAGCCGCUGAUGAAACCUUGCGGCUUUGGCGCUGCUUUGAGAUGGAUCCAGUAAAGAAGAAGGAGAAGGCAGGCAGUGCCAAGAGCAGCAUCAUUCACCAGGGCAUCCGGUGA